AACCUAAAACCCCAAAAAUCAUCUUUCAGUAUUCAGCCAAACACACAGAGAGAGAAAAAUGUCAGAGAUAGAGAAGCAGAAGGAGAAAGUAGUAGCAGAAGCAACAGUGCAAAUCGAUCAAGAGGGUCUUCCCAAAACUAUUGUACGCAGGGUUGUGAAGGAAAAGCUUUCUCAGCUAUCUACCGAUACUGAUAUCUCACUUCUUCGUGACUCGCUCCUUGCUUUCUCUGAAAGUGCUCGACUUUUCAUCCAUUACCUCUCCGCAACUGCUAAUGACAUAUGCAAGGAGUCUAAGAGGCAAACGAUAAAUGCAGAAGAUGUGUUCAAGGCCCUUGAAGAGAUUGAGUUUCCAGAGCUCAUUGAGCCUCUCAAAGCUUCUCUCGAGGGAUUCAGAGAGAAGAACUCUAAAAGGAAGUCAGCGUCAUCAAAGUCCCCAGAAUCUAACAAAAAGGCUAAGCUGAAAGAACCUGUGGAAAAUGGGAAGGGUAAGAUGAAAGAACAACCCUCGGGUAACGAAAAUGAAGAUGCACAAGCUGGAGAGGAAGUAAAUGAAGUUGAGGAUAGUGUUGAUGAUUAACAAGAUUAUUGUUUGCGCUUGCCUUCGUCGUUAGACAUGUUAUUCAUGCCUUUGAUAUUAACCCCUCAGAAAAAUGUAAUCUUAUCUUGGAUGCAAAGUUAACAAACAGUUUGUAGAGUUUUAUUCUGGAGUAAAAUGAAGUUCUUUGGGAAUUUGUUGUUCUUUUUGUC